CGGACAGCUUCUCCGCACUGAAUCUCCACUGCCCCAGCACCUCCCCGGAUUUCCACUGGCGCAUCCAUCCAUUGCAUCUAAGUAAUGAUAUCAACCUCGUCCCAAAUUUGAGAUCCCAUCUCUUCAGCGAGCAUCAUCACUCAAUUAGAUCGAAGAUCAAGCUCAAUUCCCCCAGGCCGCCAUGUGCGAUCCAGAUACUACCCGUCGAUCCCCCGCUUGGGGAAGACGAUUGAACAGCCCCCUGGCUUGGAGAUACAAUAUUCCUUCUCCUAUUUAGCUAAAUAGCAAAGACCCCAGUAGUAUAAGCCCCUAUCUUCCAAUUCUUCACCAUCUCAAUGAAGACAGAAUGCCUUCAGACAACCUCUCCAUCUUCCCCUCAACAUCAAUGUCUUCCACCCCCAGUUCCCAGGAGAAACCCUCAACCACCGAACCAACCCUCGUGAGAACAAACACCUCCACAGCAACUCCCAAUGACCCCUUCCACUUCGACUUCGGGCCCCUCGCCCACGUCAACACGGCAGGGACCACCUAUCCCGCCUUCGCAGGCGAGCUCCAACCAGGUCUAUGGAAGCCUCAGAAGCGCCGUAAGAUGGCCAAUCCCGCACCGUUAGGCCUAUGCGGGUUUGCGCUCACGACAUUCCUCCUGGGCUGCAUCAACAUGCAGACGCUGGGAAUCGCCACUCCCAACAUCAUCGUCGGGCCUGCGUUCGCAUACGGGGGUCUUGUCCAGCUUCUCGCGGGCAUGUGGGAAAUGGCCGCCGGAAACACCUUCGGCGCAACCGCGCUCUCCUCCUACGGUGGAUUCUGGAUCUCCCUAUCCAUAGUCUUCAUCCCCGGCGAAUUCGACAUCCAGGGGGCUUACAAAGCAGCCAAUAAUGGCAGCUUGUCGAUGUUCUAUGACGCAUUCGGGUUAUUCCUUAUGGGCUGGUUCAUCUUCACUUUCCUCCUCUGGCUCUGCACCCUCAAAUCAACCUACGUUUUCUGCGCCCUCUUCGCAGCCGUUGAUAUCGCCCUCCUUCUCCUAGCAGUCGGGUAUAUACACCGCACAGCGCCGGAGGUGCCCAACGCGAAGAUUAUUAAGGCGGGUGGGUUGUUUGCGUUAUUGGGCGCGUUCAUGGCUUGGU